AGAUUGGCCACCAGAAGAAGAAGACUAAACACAUAUUCUAAGCUAACUAGCUAGCAUGACUGAUGUGGAUUACACGAAAACAGGCUGAAAAGACGACACCAUUUGUGGAACGCUGAUAUGCCGACAGUCGUAGUAACGUAUGUUUCGUGCACUCGCCUGUUGGCCCGUCACAGGCUUGUCCGGACCUGAUUUCAUUGGAUGAUUUGCAUGUAUUAGUCGCUGAGGGCCCCGAGUCCGCGGUGUUUAAGGGAACAACGAUCGGGGAUUGCAGCGGUCUCACGGAGGGAACAUCAAGCCACGGGCUGCUGGUCGCCUACGGUUCAUUGCACCGAAAACUCUCCGGAACAUGUCACACACCGGACCUCCUCCCCGAUGGCGGAAUUGCCCCAGGAGAGGACAACCUGUGGCAGGUAAAUUCCUGCCGCUGAAAACAAUGUUGGAUCACAGGUACGAUGACCAAGUUGCAGAGGAGAACAGGUUUCACCCAAGCAUGCUGUACAACUACUUAAAAAGUCUCAAAGUGAAAAUGGGUUUGCUCAUCGAUUUGACAAACACAACGCGCUUCUAUGACCACAAAGACAUAGAAAAAGAAGGCAUAAAAUAUUUCAAGCUUUCGUGUAAAGGCCACAAAGAAUGCCCUUCAAAUGAGACGACAACAAUGUUCAUCAGAAUCUGCGAACACUUCAUGGAAAAGAAUCCCACAGAACUGAUAGGUAUUCACUGCACACAUGGCUUCAACAGGACGGGCUUUCUGAUAUCUGCAUACCUAGUGGAGAAGAUGGACUGGAGUGUUGAAGCAGCUGUGGAUGCCUUUUCCAAGGCCCGGCCCCCGGGGAUCUACAAGGCAGACUACCUCAAAGAGCUUUUCCGUCGCUAUGGAGAUGAGGAGGACACGCCCGCUGCCCCCACGCUGCCCGAGUGGUGCUUUGACGACGACGACGACGGGGAAGCGGACGAUGACGGCAACGCGGUCGGCCAGGAGUCGGGCCCCAGCUCCUCCGGGUCAGCGCCCGGCAAACGAAAGAAAGAGAAGCUAAAGCUGGGCGCAGUAUUCCUUGAGGGCAUCUCGGUGAAAGGCGUCUCGCAGGUCACCACGCAACCUAAACUCGGCGAGCUCCAACGGAUGUGCCAGACGAUGGCUGAGUGGGACAGGUCUGGUUUUCCGGGUGCUCAGCCCGUGUCCAUGGACAGACAGAACCUUCGCUUCCUGGAACAGAAGCCAUACAAAGUCAGCUGGAAAGCCGAUGGCACGCGGUACAUGAUGUUGAUCAAUGGAAAAAAUGAAGUCUUCAUGCUCGACAGAGACAACUCAGUGUUCCACAUAGCAAACCUAGAGUUCCCUUUCCGGAAAGAUCCACGCGUCCACUUAUCUAACACUCUAUUGGACGGGGAGAUGAUCAUCGACAAGGUGAACGGUCAGCCCGUCCCCCGCUAUUUGAUAUACGACAUCAUCAAAUACAAUGGACAGCCCGUCGGUCAGUGUGAUUUCAAUAUACGGCUGCACUGCAUAGAGAAGGAGAUUAUUUCUCCCAGGAUGGAAAAGAUGAAGAUUGGACAGAUCGACAAAACCAAGGAACCUUACAGUGUCAGAAAUAAGCCUUUCUUUGACAUCCAAGCGUCCCGAAAGCUUCUGGAAGGCAGCUUCACGUCUCAGGUCAGCCAUGAAGUUGACGGACUUAUCUUCCAGCCAUGCGGGCGAUACAAGGCUGGGAGGUGCGAUGACAUUCUGAAGUGGAAGCCCCCCAAUCUCAACUCGGUGGACUUUCGCCUCAAGAUCACCAAAGUCGGAGGAGAAGGGCUCCUCACACAGACUGUCGGCCUGCUCUACGUCGGCAGCUACGACAGGCCCUUUGCAAACAUGAAGGCCACAAAAGAGCUGAAACAGUACGACAACAAGAUCAUCGAAUGCACCUUCGCCAACAACACCUGGGUGUUCAUGAGGCAGAGAGUGGACAAGAGCUUCCCCAACUCCUACGACACAGCCAUGGCUGUGUGUAAAAGCAUUCAGGAGCCCGUCACAAAGGAAAUCCUGCUGGAGUUUCUGGACCGCUGUGCUCAGGGAGUCCAAGCCCAGAACCGGAAGCGCCCGCCGGACCCGGACGCGGCGCUAAUGCCCCCUCCUCCUCCAAAGAGACCCACGCGGGCCAUCCCGUAGCCCCGCGGCGGAGCUUUCUGGACUGUUGCACAGUCACUGUGUGCAUCCACACACCACCAGCCUCAUCAUCCCCAUCAUCCUCAUCGUGAUGGAAAAAGAAAAAAAACAGACGUGUGAAGGCUUUCUGACCCGCUGGACAUUUGCUUUAUCAGCCUGUUCGUGUAAGGACUUAAGAAACCACUCAUCCGCUCCCUCAGCGUCAUUACUUUACCUUGUAGAUGUCUUUGUAGCUUUAAUUGCUGGUGUUCUUAUUAAAUGACAAGCAGAAUGCUUAGGUUUUUUUUUUGUUUUUUUUUUUCUAUUUAUCUUUUUUAAAAUCGGAGCUCGUUGGUAUUUAUCAACAGAGGCAAUGGUUAUGGCUACAAAUAACAUCUGCCGAUGCAGACCAUGUUUGUGUUUUGUCGUCCACUUCCUUAAAUUGUUUUUUUGAAGGAGAAGUAAACAUAAUCAAAGCUCA